CAACUCACUCGAAGUCUCUCGAAUCUACCGCCCAACUUGAAUCAUCAUACUUCACCAUGAUUGUUCCCCUGGGCGCGCUGUCGCUCCUGGCAGCCGAGGCACUGCUGGCUAGGACAACAGGCGCCAUCCCCACCAGUAAACCAUCGCAGUGGACGCUGGUCCAGGAUGAACUCCACGAGAUGGAACGGCCUAUCCGACCGGUACAGCGACGCCUCACCGAGCAGAACGAUACCAUUUGCGAUGCCGGCUCCAGGCAAUGGAGCGGCCUCGUGCCGCUCAACGCCGAGCGGGACAUGUUUUUCUGGUACUUUGAAAGCCGGCACCAGCCCCAGGAUGCCCCCCUCAUCAUCUGGCUCAACGGCGGCCCCGGCGCAUCAUCUCUCCUGGGUGCUUUCCAUGAGAUUGGUCCUUGUAGCGUCACAGAGGACGGUGAGAAGACGGUGAGAUCCGAGUACAGCUGGACGGAAUUCGCCAACAUGCUGUUCAUCGAUCAGCCCAUCGGCGUUGGGUUCUCUGACCCGCAAGAUCCGACCCUCUGGUCCAAAAACCUCCAGGAGUCGGCCAUCGACCUGGACAAGUUCCUGGAUGUCUUCCUCGGCGAGUAUUUCCCCUCUCUCCAGAAGAGACCGAUCCACUUCGCCGGCGAGUCCUUCGGUGGCAAGUACUGCCCCGUCUACGCCGACCUCAUGCGACGAAGAUUCGACUCCAUCGUCUUGGUAAACGCCCUCGUCGACUACUCGGACGUCUCUCUCGGCGUGUACGACCACUUCUGCACCGCAGAGCCGACGGACGCACGCCGCCGCGGCCUGAACGCGUCCACUUGCGAGGAGAUGGAGCGGGGUUACUCGGCGUGUGAGAAGUUCGGGAGGCUCUGUGCUGCGACAUACGACUCGGAUGUCUGCUUGACGGCCCUUUUGAACUGCGUGGAGGCCACGGAGCCGUACCAGCGCGAAGUCGUCCCCGGGGGGCAGAACCCUUACGACGACAGGACGGAGUGUAUCGAUCCCCCCAUGUGUGGGCGUCUGGGUACGAGCCCCCUGCCCCCAAGAAAUUGCGGGUAUUUGUGUACUGAGCUGCCGAGUGUACUGACGAUGUGUUCAGGGAUGCAAGAGGUGAGGAAGUACCUCAACCGGGAAGAGGUCCAGGAGGCCUUGGGCUUCCAGCCGCGGACUUUCGAACCGGUCAACAUGGAGUUCAACGCAAACUGGUCCCAGCAGGGUGACGUUUUCAUUCCAUCGACACGCGAGAUAGCCCGUCUUUUGGACCAGAAGAAGACGCCCAUCUUGGUUCUGAACGGGAACAACGACGCCAUCGUGAACACCGAGGGCAUCCUCAGGACGUACGAGUCGCUGCUCUGGAGCGGCCACGCGGCUUUCCGGUCCAAGAAUCUCAAGCCGUGGUACCACGGGGAGGUCAAGGGCGAGAACAUGUCGUUGGGGGGCACGGCGAAGGUGGUCAAGAACCUGGCCCUGGUGACCGUGGACGAGGCCGGCCACAUGUCCCCCCACGACCAGCCGCUGGCUGUCUCUCGCGUGAUGAGAGCGUGGAUAAAGGAUACUAGUACUUCUGGCAGCGUUGUCGGACUUUUUUGACUAGGGCGUCACUUAGAACAUGGGAAUCGAGGCAAGUCGGCUGUAGAAUUCGUCAUCAAGGAGUGAGGGUGUCUAUUUGGAACGUGCAGUUCUAGCUAGUAAUUUAAUA